UAACUUCACAGUUAUUGUUAUUAUUCCAACCUAAAAAUAAUUAACAGAAAGUGCUCUUUUCUUUUUGUGAAAAAAUGUGAAUAAACCAUUGAAAAAUGGUUUACCUAAGUGUCCAAUUAUUUAAAAAAAUCAAAAAACCCUUAAGAAACUACCUGAAACAAGGCUUCAGAGAUUCCCUACGUAUUUUCGUUUCCGGUGGAGCAGGAGGCCACGGACUUCCAAAAUUUGGCGGUAUAGGUGGCAAAGGUGGCGACGUCCUAGUGGAAGCCAAAGAAGGCCUGACACUCGAACACGUUUUCAAAACAAACAAAACCAAAAGGUACGCGGCACCAGCUGGAAAAAGUGCCUCGGCUAAUUUUAUAUUGGGUCCGCCCGGCGAAGAUUUGGUUUUCCAAGUACCAGUCGGAGUUAGUUUAGUCACAGAAUGGGGAAAAAAAUUAGGCGAAAUUAACCAAGAUGGGCAAAAAUUAGUAAUAGCUAAAGGGGGUACAGGUGGACAUGCAAAAAAUGGCUUUUUAGGUACCAGAGGUCAAGCCUAUUCAGUUACACUUGACUUGAAAUUGAUCGCCGAUGUAGGUUUGGUAGGGUUUCCUAAUGCAGGCAAAAGCACGUUUUUGGGAGCAGUGUCACAAGCUAGACCAAAAGUUGCCAGUUAUCCUUUUACAACUGUUAAACCUCACUUGGGUAUAAUAGCCUAUGACGAUUUAAGACAAAUAUCUGUAGCAGAUUUGCCAGGCUUAAUUGAAGGUGCUUACGCUAAUAGAGGAAUGGGGCAUGAAUUUUUAAAGCACAUAGAAAGAACUAAACUACUACUAAUGAUUGUUGAUAUUAAUGGUUUUCAAUUGAGUCACGAGUAUCCUCAUAGAAGUUGCUUAGAAACUAUUAUGCUACUCACCAAGGAACUAGAAUUAUACAAUGAGGACUUAUUAAAAAAGCCUUCAAUAUUGUUGGUGAAUAAAAUGGACACAACUGAUGCUGAUAAAAAAUAUGUGGAAGUUAAAAAGCAGCUUAAGAAUUUUGAAGAGUUUAUGGCCAAAUAUGAUGAAAAUACUAGGCCCACAAAUAUGUUAUAUUUCUCAGAUAUAAUUGCAAUGUCUGCAAGGGAGAGUGAAGAGGAUAUCAAAAAAGUCAAACACAGAUUGAGGACUUUGCUCGAUGUGAUGAGUGAACUAGAAAAUAAGAAUGAAGGUGAAGAUGUUUAUGGUGAUAUGAAGAAAUCUAUGACAGAGAAAGGACCAGUUUUAGUUUAGGAAAAAUUUUAUUUUCUUUUUAUACAAAAUAAGUUUAAGAAAUACUUGAUUUCAAGCUAUACCACUCACUCUGAGGUUUAUUCAGUUGAGAUAGCUUAACCCAUUUACAGCUAAUAUUUUCUUUGGCUACCUCUUCUACAAGUCUUGUACCUAGAGGGCAUGAUUUUUGUAUGUCAAUGUUAUCAAAGUCUUUAUAAAUCCCUAGGUUUGCGUUCCAUCUGAAAUUAUAUACAAUUUUUUUUUAAAUAAAUUAUUUUUGGUUUGAUUUAAUGGUAUCUAUAAGGAAACCUUGCAUAUUAUUUAAGGAAAUAGAUUGCUGUAUGAAAGUUGGAGAUAACAAUGCUUAAACUUUCUUCAGAAGUUAGUCAUUUUCCUUCAAGUUCCGAAGUUUUUUUUUUUCUGUUCAUUCUGACAAUCAAAUCUCGGUUAGUAUACAGGGUGUCCGGUAAGUAUAUGGCACACUCUCGGGAGCAUAUAGUAGGGGUCAAAAUAACCCUACUUUGUUCUAAAAAAAAAUUCCUAAAGUGCCCCUUAACAGAGAUACAGAGCCCCAAAAGAGUACUUGGCGAUACACAUUUUUGGCUCUAACUUUUGAACCGAUUUGUAUAAUUUAAUGAAGUUUUGAUAUUUUAUGUUGGCCAUAAAGACUCAUAAAAUCGUCCUACAGCAGAUGUUUCACAUAGACUGGGAAGUCAGGAACGGACUUGCCACCAUAUUCAUUGUGCCAAAUUUUUGACAGGAGUCAUUUUACACAGCUGAAAACUGAUUUUUUAAAUACUUUGGUCAUUUCUCUUCAAAAAAGGUGCUCUACAUUUGUUUCGAUUAAAUAAACCGUUUCCGAAAAAAAAAGGUUUUUGUAUACGCAUCUUCAAUCAUUUCCCUUAGAAAUUUAUUUGAUGAUUAAGUUGAUUCUAGAUUAAGAAAAACAGGUAAAAGUUGACUUAUAAAAAGUACCUUUUUAUGGCAAAAAGUGUCGUUUUCAGGUACUUUUUAUAAGUCAACUUCUAUCUGUUUUUUCUUAAUCUGGUAUCGACUUGAUUAUUAAAUAAAUUUCGAAGAUAAAUGAUUGAAGGUGUUAUACAAAAACCUAAUUUUUUCGGAAACGGCUGAUUUAAUCGAAACAAAUGUAGAGUACCUUUUUUGAAGAAAAAUGACCAAAGUAUUUAAAAAAUCAGUUUUCAGCUGUGUAAAAUGACUCCUGUCAAAAUGAAUAUGGUGGCAAAUCCGUUCCUGACUUCCCAGAGUAUGUGAAACAUCUGCAGUAGGAUGAUUUUAUGAGUCUUUAUAGCCAACAUAAAAUAUCAAAACUUCAUUAAAUUAUACAAGUCGGUUCAAAAGUUAGAGCCAAAAAUGUGUAUCGGCAAGUACUCUUUUGGGGCUCUGUAUCUCCGUUAAGGGGCACUUUAGGAAUUUUUUUUUAGAACAAAGUAAAGUCUGUUUUUUUUUUAAAGAUAAUUCCCCAAGUCAAAAAUUUAGUAACUAUGUUGGCAGCACAAGCCUUUUCUAAAAUCUGUUUUUUUUUUAAAGAUAAAAGUCAAAAUGACAAUAUGUUGGCAAUGCAAUGUAAAAUUGUCAAUGCUUUCAAAUUUUUCAUGUAGAAAAGGCUUGUGUUGCCAACAUAGUUACUAAAUUUUUGACUUGGGGAAUUAUCUUUAAAAAAAAAACAGACUUUACAUAAAAAAUUUGAAAGCAUUGAGAAUUUUACAUUGUAUUGCCAACACAAUGUCAUUUUGACUAUUAUCUUUAAAAAAAAAACACAUUUUAGGGUUAUUUUGACAAGUUUUAACCCCUACUAUACGCUCCUGAGAGUAUGCCAUAUACUUACCGGACACCCUGUAUAAGUAUAUACCUUUCAACUCCAUUCCAAGCAAUCAUAAUUCCAUUAUCUGUGCAUAAUUUUGGAGGUGGCCUAACUAGUCUAUACCCCAAUUCACUACAAACAAUUUCAAGUCCUUCAGCUAUGAAAUUGUUACAACCUACUCCUCCAGAAACUACCUAGAAAAAUAUUUAGCAAGAAUUUUCUCCAGAAAUAAUUAUACCUACCAAAGUUUGCUUAUCUGUAGGUAUAAGUUGUUUUCUGGCAGCAUAUUCGAUGGCUCGUUGCAGUCUGUGGCAUAAAUGCCUAGUGAUAACUAAGAGAAAUCCUGCACAUAAAUUAUUAACAUCUGGAAUAACUUCAUCUGGGGCUAAAUCUAUAAAUAAUGUAAUUAUUUUUCAAUUAAAAAUUAUAUAUUAAAUUGUACCUUUAAAUAUUUCCUCUUUUAUAAUAUACCUUGUACAAAUAUUUUUAAUACCAGCAAAACUAAAUGUGCAAUCCUUAUAGGCGCUCAUUGGAGGUUUAAACUCAAACUGCAAAGGAUUGGUUGCCUUAGAUGCAGCUAAUUCAAUAGCUUGCCCACCAGAAAGUGUAGCAUAUUCUGGUAAGUUUU